GAAGAGAAAAUCCCUUGGGUUGAUUGUGUAACUGCGGACGUCGAUUCAAGAAACACCAAGAGCAGCGCCCGUUCAUUUCAACGCUGUUUACAUUGGGUCUCUCAAAAGUGGAAAACAACACAUAUAACUGCCCAAAUAUCGGGGGCCAUGGAGUUGAAUGGCAAAGAGGAACUCAAAGGACCCGUGUUACAUAUCGUGGUAGUCGGAUUUCACCACAAGAAAGGCUGUCAGGUGGAAUACUCCUACCCUCCCCUCAUCCCUGAGGAGGGCCAUGACAGCAACAACCUGCCUGAGGAGUGGAAGUACCUGCCUUUCCUUGCCCUGCCUGACGGAGCACACAACUACCAAGAAGACACCGUGUUCUUCCACCUCCCUCCUCUCGCUGGAACAGAUAUGAAGUGUGUGUACGGUGUCUCCUGCUAUCGCCAAAUAGAAGCUAAGUCCCUGAAGGUCCGACUGGCUGAUGUCACCAGGGAGACGGUCCAGAAGAGUGUGUGUGUUCUCAGUCAAGUGCCUCUGUACGGUCUCCUCCAAGCUAAACUACAGCUCAUCACACACGCCUACUUUGAGGAGAAAGACUUCUCACAGAUAUCUAUAUUGAAGGAGUUGUAUGAACACAUGAACAGCUCUCUGAGAGGGACAGCUCUAGAGGGAUCCCAAGUGUUCCUGGGUAUGUCACCAAGAGAUUUAAUACUCCACUUUCGACACAAGGUUCUGAUCCUCUUCAAACUGAUUCUGCUGGAGAAGAAGGUCCUGUUCUACGUGUCUCCAGUCAACAGGCUGGUAGGAGCUCUGAUGACCGUACUGUCACUGUUCCCAGGUAUGAUAGAGCACGGCCUGGCUGACUCCUCCCACUACCGGCCCAAGAGCAGCGAGGAUAUCACUAUAGGAGACUGUGUGUCGGGGGCAGAGGAGGAGCUGGUCUCUGUUUCCGUCACUGACGUCACCAAUGCUACCGUGGAGCUAAUGGGGGAGGAGGGCUUCGGAGAGGACCACACCACCUCCACCGUGAAGGCUUCACAGAGGACAUCGCCUUCCCCAGAGACCUGCACCCCAGCUAGGGAGAACACCCAGCUGAAACCUCCCUCCCGGACUUCCCCGGACUCCUCGGAGAGCGACUGGGAGACACUGGAUCCCAGUGUUUUGGAGGAAGGGACUAGAGACUCGGAGACGGGGGGUUCAGGGGCCCUGGAGCACCCGGAGACUGGUAUCCCCAUCACGGUGCAGCCUCGGGGCCUGUCGGCAGGGACAGGGGGCCAGGGAGCCGUCUCUCAGGGCCUGUCGGCAGGGACAGGGGGCCAGGGAGCCGUCUCUCAGGGCCUGUCGGCAGGGUCAGGGGGCCAGGGAGCAGUCUCUCAGGGCCUGUCGGCAGGGCCAGGGGGCCAGGGAGCCGUCUCUCAGGGCCUGUCGGCAGGGCCAGGGGGCCAGGGAGCCGUCUCUCAGGGCCUGUCGGCAGGGCCAGGGGGCCAGGGAGCCGUCUCUCAGGGCCUGUCGGCAGGGCCAGGGGGCCAGGGAGCCGUCUCUCAGGGCUUGGUGUCUGGACUGGAAGAGGACCAAUAUGGCCUGCCACUCGCCAUCUUCACCAAGGGUUACCUGUGCCUGCCCUACAUGGCCUUGCAGCAGCACCACCUGCUGUCAGACGUCACAGUGCGCGGCUUUGUUGCCGGGGCAACCAACAUCCUCUUCCGUCAGCAGAGGCACCUGAGUGAUGCAAUCGUUGACGUGGAGGAAGCUAAGCUCCAGAUCGGGGACCCUGAGUUGAGGAAGCUGCUUGCUCUGACCACGGCUGACCUGCGGUUUGCUGACUACCUGGUCAAACACGUGACAGAGAACCGUGAGGACGUGUUUCUGGACGGGACCGGCUGGGAGGGAGGGGACGAGUGGAUCAGGGCCCAGUUUGGACUCUACAUACACUCCCUCCUAUCCUCUACCUUACUAGAAGAUAAUGAGAAGUUGCUAGCGGACUGGGGCGCUCCCUUCAUCUCAGCCUGGAGGAUCACACACAACUACAGAGUGUGGUUCAUCAACAAGCACCCAGCCAUGGCCGAGAUCACCCCAGGUCAUCCGUUCCAAGGACAGUACAGUGCUGCUGAUCUGAAAUUAAGAUUCUCACACUCGGUGCAGAACAGUGAGCGUGGGAAGAAGAUGGGGGCAGCUGUCAUCACCACCAGUCGGAGUGUUGUGCAGACUGGGAAGGCAGUAGGUCAGUCGGUGGGUGGAGCGCUGAGCAGCGCUAAGUCAGCCAUGUCCUCCUGGUUCUCUACGUUGGCACCGCCAGCUAUCGUACCCACUCCAGCAGCCUCACCAGAGCCUCAGUUACCUACAGAGACCAAGCCUUGACCACCUGCCUGUCCCCCUCACCCCCAGUCUCUUCUCACAGCAGCUGUCUAGCGGGAGAGACUAGGGUUAACCUACCCCCCCUCCUCAACAGUCCCCUCCCCCUCCUCAACAGUCCCCCCCCCCUCCUCAACAGUCCCCCCCCCUCCUCAACA